UUGGUGUUGUUUAUGAGUACACACUUUGCAGAGGACCAGCUCAAACUGACAGCCAGACAGCCACACAGAAACCAUCAUGAGAGAGUUCAAGAGCAAGGACUUCUGGAGGGCCGUUCUGGCCGAACUAGUGGGCAUGACCCUUUUCAUUUUUCUCAGCAUCUCUGCAGCAAUAGGGAAUCCUAAUAAUGACAAACCAGACCAGGAGGUGAAGGUGUCACUGACCUUUGGACUAGCUAUUGCCACACUGGCCCAAAGUUUAGGCCACAUCAGUGGAGCCCAUCUAAAUCCAGCCGUUACCCUUGGGAUGCUUGCCAGCUGCCAAAUCAGUAUGUUCAAGGCAGUCAUGUACAUUGUGGCUCAGAUGCUGGGCUCAGCUUUGGCCAGUGGCAUAGUGUAUGGAGUACGUCCAAAUUCCACUGAUGCACUGGGCCUCAACUCUCUGAGCAAUGUCACUCCCAGCCAAGGCGUGGGGAUUGAACUUCUGGCUACCUUCCAGUUAGUGCUGUGUGUCAUUGCAGUCACUGAUAAAAGGAGGCGUGAUGUCACCGGCUCAGCACCCUUGGCCAUUGGCCUUUCGGUCUGCCUGGGACACUUGACAGCUAUCAGCUACACAGGUUGUGGCAUCAAUCCUGCCCGAUCGUUCGGUCCAGCUUUGAUCCUGAAUAAUUUCACAGACCACUGGGUGUACUGGGUGGGUCCCAUGUGUGGUGGUGUGGCAGCAGCUCUUGUGUACGAUUUCCUGCUGUCUCCGAAAUUUGACGACUUCCCUGAGCGAAUGAAAGUCCUGGUCAGUGGCCCAGUGGGGGACUAUGAUGUCAAUGGAGGAAACGAUGCUACCAAUGUGGAGAUGACUUCAAAAUAGUUGUGGAUAAAGACACUUCUUAUCAAUGUAAAUGUCAAUACUGGUUAAGAAAAAAAAAAAAGCUUUUGAAUUUAGUAGGAUUUGUGUAAUUUCAUGUUGUUUUGAAAUGUCAAGGAGAAUUGUUGUCUACGCGUGAGCUAGUGUGACUUUCUAAUUCACUCCUUUUAUUGAUCCAGCACAAACUUCAAAAGAAAAAAAAAAAAUCAAACUGCAAUUUGGAGUCAAAUUUCUUGACAGAGCAGUGCAGUUUGUUUUUUUUUCCAUAUCAGUAUUCUGUGUUGAGCCUCUUUUUUUUGUUGUAUAUUUGUAUGUACCGGUAUCACUUCCUGUUUCUGAUGACGAAUGUAUUGUGUGUGCACUCAUAUGUCCUUUCACUUUUUUAUGUAAAAUAAAACACUUGGUGGGAAUAAAA